CUCACUGAUACUGUCUUUUGACUCCGCCAUUUUUACACACAGCUAAUUUCAUCAUUUUAAGCAAUUUGAUUUUUGGAAUUUAUUCCUCGCUAAAGCUAAUUAAACUACAAUUUUUGGACAAAUUUUGUUCAAUUUUUAACAAAAAUUUAAUAAAACGCAAAUUGUGAAGCCAAAAUAUUGAAAUUUGGAAAUAUUUCGCAAUCGUCAGAAAAGGGAAAACCGACUGACACUCGUCAAAAUGGACCACCAAAAACGUGAACACCAUGACAACAACAGCGAACAGAACAAGCGGAAGAAACUUGGAACACCAGAUGAGGCUGACGGAGUGACCAAGAUAAACGAUGUCAACGAUGACUGCCUUGAGCUCAUAUUCAGUCAUUUGAUGCUACAGGAUCUGGUCAAUGUAGCUGACACGUGUAAAAGAUUCCAGCCCUCAGCCAAAGCGGUAUUUGCCACCAAGUGUAGAGGAAAGUUGGUGAUGCUUCAUCCAUCUGUCCAUCGAUUGCAACCAUUCGAAUCAAUUGAAAACUUCGUAAAGGUGUUCGGCAUGUCGAAUUGCCUGAAGGUUUUACGUCACUUUGGCCACAAGAUCACCAAGAUAGACAUUGAUUAUUUCUACAUUUACACAGUCAAACAAGCUGCGCUUGGUCGUUACAUGAAUGAAUAUUGUGCUGAUUCAUUGAUCGACAUCGCGAUUGCUGGUGCUCCGAAAGAGGUGGCGGCGAAUUGGACGAAACCAUUCAUAAAUGCCGAUUCCAUUCAGCUUUUGUAUUCUGAUUUGGGUGACUUAAGCGCAUGGUUUCCCAAAACGCGCCGUUUGGUACUUCAUUCAGGUGCUAAAUGGGUCGAAAACACAUUUCCUCAUUUGGAACAGCUUGAUAUUUACGAUGAUGUUUCUGAACGCAACCGAGCAAAUGUUGUGGAAUUGUUACAUCGGAAUCCGCAUCUGCAACAACUUCGUCUUUUGAAUCACGGUUACGACAUGAAAUUCAUGGAAGGCGUAAGCGCAUACCUUCAGUCACUCACAUUGCUUGAUAUUUGUUGUGACAACGGAUUCUUCCAUCUGAAUGGCUCUUCCAUUCACCUCAAAAGUGUCAAAGAAUUCAAUAUUGGCUUGCGCUUGGUUCAUGCCAUCCCGAAGAUUCCGUUUUCAUUCGACCAACUGGAAAAUAUGCAAUUGGAAGUGGACGACUUCAAAAUGAACGAUAACUUCGGGAAAUUCCUCAAACAGAAUCCAUCUUUAUCCAAAUUGAUUAUCCACUCUUAUGUAUUGGCUCGGGCACAAAACUCGCAUUCGGUUGAACAAAUCAAAAUGAAAAUCGCCGAAGUAUCGCCAUCGCUCGAUGUUGAUGUAGAAAUUACUACUACAGUUCGUAUAGGAUUGUAA